AUGUUUGCCCUUAUGCUCACAAUUCUCCUGGCGGCACUGCGCCUCGACCUCGUCGUUGCACAGUCCAUCCGAAACCUCGGCGUCUCAUGCAUUGCCGGUGCUCAACAAUGUGGCCCACGAGGUGGCAUCGGUGACGGCGCUCAUCCAGUCUUGGUUCCUCAGUCGUUCAUUACGGAUGCCUUGAUCCCCUUGAUACCGAACAGCACGCGUCAAAUAGCACCAGGCCCUGCACCCGUUCGUCUCGCGGCAUCUCCAUUUGCCACGGGAUCAUGUCCACUUCGUCGAAACAUCGUCAUCGACACUGCCAGCGGUGCUCAGCAGGAGAUGGUCGGCUUUGGGCAUGCAUGGACCGACAGCGCGACCUCCGUGUUCAAUACACUUGACAAUGCAACCCUUGCUAGAGUCCUCGGCGACCUCUUUGGUCAAAACGGCAACAAUGUGGGCUUCAUGCGUCACACUAUCGGGUCUUCAGACCUCUCCGGUGGACAAUAA